AUCGGGGUUGUAAAGAACUAAGCACGUGGCUUGCAUGCCAUCAUCAAGUUUUGUAACGGACCCUUUAUAACUUGGGGCUCGACCAGUUGUGUUACAUAGAGAAUUUUGAAAAUGCUAGAAGCGUGAGUGAUUGAUAACAGGAAUUUCUCUGGCGAAGGUAUGGGUUCCGUUGCAGAAGAGCAGUCCCUCAUCGAACAAGUGUUAAUACAGGAAGAACUGAAACUAUAUGCUGAAGAUGGUUCAGUCGACAUCAAAGGAAACCCACCAUUAAAGAACAUAACCGGAAACUGGAAAGCUUGUCCGUUUAUUCUAGGGAACGAAUGUUGUGAGCGGUUGGCUUUCUACGGCAUUGCUAUCAAUCUCAUUACUUAUCUCACCACUAAACUACACCAAGGAAACGUUUCUGCUGCCAGAAACGUCACAACAUGGCAAGGGACUUGUUAUAUCACUCCUCUCAUUGGAGCCGUCUUAGCCGAUGCUUAUUUGGGUCGAUACUGGACCAUUGCUUGCUUCUCCUCCAUUUAUUUCAUCGGAAUGUCUGCUCUGACUCUCUCUGCUACGGUUCCAUACCUGAAACCCGCUGACUGCGUUGGAGACUCCUGCCCAUCACCGACCAGAACUCAGAACAUAACAUUCUUUCCCGGGCUUUACCUUAUAGCUCUUGCCACCGGGGGGAUCAAACCGUGCGUUGCAACCUUUGGUGCAGACCAGUUUGACGACAACGACUCGAGUGAACGAGUGAGAAAGUCUUCUUUUUUCAACUGGUUUUACUUCUGUAUCAAUAUCGGGUCGUUUGGAUCGUCUGGUCUAGUGUUGGUUCAAGAGGAUAUCGGUUGGGGAUUAGGUUUCGGGAUACCUACUAUCUUCAUGGGAUUAGCUAUCAUCUGUUUCUUCUUUGGCACGCCACUUUAUAGGUUUCAGAAACCUAGAGGUAGUCCCAUCACACGGAUUUGUCAAGUUCUUGUCGCUUCGUUUCGUAAGAUGAAUCUCGAAGUCCCUGAAGACACAACACUUCUAUAUGAAACUGAAACACAAGACCUGAGUUACGUGGUCGUCCAAAGUAGGAAACUCGAGCACACAGAUGAUUACAAGUACCUUGACAAGGCUGCUGUUAUAUCAGCACAAGAAGCGAACUCCGGAGAGAUUUUAAGUCCUUGGAGUCUAUGCACCGUUACACAAGUCGAAGAACUCAAGAUUCUGAUCCGAAUGCUUCCAAUAUGGGCGUCGGGUAUCGUCUUCUCAUCUCUCCACGCUCAAGUCUCCACAAUGUUUGUCCAACAAGGAAGAGCCAUGAACUGCAAUAUUGGCUCUUUCAAGAUCCCCCCAGCGACCCUCGGGGUCUUCGACUGCAUCACCGUCCUAGUUUGGGUUCCACUCUACGACCGUUUCAACGUCCCUCUCGCCAAACUUAUUACAAGAACCGACAAUGGGUUCACCGUGCUUCAACGAAUAGGAAUAGGUCUUGUCAUUUCGGUCUUCUCUAUUGUAUCAGCAGCCAUCGUUGAGAAGGUGCGGCUCGGGGUGGUGGAAAAAGGAACAGCUGUUUCUUUAACGGUGUUGUGGCAGGUUCCUCAGAUUUUCAUACUCGGUGCAGCUGAGGUCUUCUACUGCGUGGGACAGCUUGAGUUUUUCUAUGGUCAGUCACCAGAGUCGAUGAGGAGUCUGUGUUGUGCAUUGGGACUGUUGACUAAUGCGUUUGGGAGUUACUUGAGCUCGUUGCUGCUCACGGUGGUGACGUAUCUCACGACCCUGGACGGUGGAGAUGGGUGGAUUACGGAUGAUCUUAAUGAAGGACAUCUUGAUUAUUUCUUCUGGUUAUUGGCCGGUUUAAGCAUUUUGAAUGCGGUGGUUUACGUUUUCUCUGCUGUUAAUUACAAACAGAAGAAGGCGUUAUAA